CAGGGCGCUUCAGGGGACGUGAGUGUGAGGCGCGCGCUGACGGGUUUUGUGUUGAGCGCCCUGAUCGUGUCCACACUCUUGGGCAACACGCUGGUGUGCGCCGCCGUGGUCAAGUUCCGCCACCUGCGCUCCAAAGUCACCAACUCGUUUGUCAUCUCCCUGGCUGUGUCCGACCUAUUCGUGGCCGUGCUCGUCAUGCCGUGGCGCGCCGUGUCCGAGGUGGCGGGCGCGUGGCUCUUCGGUCGAUUCUGUGACACGUGGGUGGCUUUUGACAUCAUGUGCUCCACGGCGUCCAUUCUCAACCUGUGUAUCAUCAGCAUGGACCGCUACUGGGCCAUCUCCAGCCCGUUUCGCUAUGAGCGCAAAAUGACGCGCCGGUUCGCCUUCGUCAUGAUCGGCGUGGCUUGGACGCUUUCCAUCCUCAUCUCGUUCAUCCCGGUGCAGCUCAAUUGGCACCGGGACGCGCGCGUCAACUUCACGGACGGCGAGGACGACUCAGGGCCGCCCGACGACUGUAACGCCAGUCUCAACCGGACGUACGCCAUCGCGUCGUCCCUCAUCAGCUUCUAUAUCCCCGUACUCAUUAUGGUGGGCACGUACACGCGCAUCUUCCGAAUCGCGCAGACGCAAAUCCGCCGCAUCUCGUCACUGGAGCGUGCGCCAGCACCAUGCGCAGCUCCGCGCGCGUCCACGCAAGAUGAGAGCGCUCUGAAAAGUUCUUUCAAGAGGGAGACCAAAGUGCUGAAGACGCUGUCCAUCAUCAUGGGCGUAUUCGUCUUCUGCUGGUUGCCCUUCUUCGUCCUCAAUUGCGUGGUUCCUUUCUGCGAGGCCAACGCACCCGACGCCCCGCCAUGCGUCAGUGACACCACCUUCAGCAUCUUUGUGUGGUUCGGCUGGGCCAACUCGUCGCUCAAUCCGGUCAUCUAUGCCUUCAACGCCGAUUUCCGCAAAGCCUUCUCCACCAUCCUGGGAUGUAACCGCCUUUGCUCCAGCUCGGCCGUGGAGGCGGUGGACUUCAGCAAUGAGAUGGUGUCCUACCACCAUGAUACUACCAUGCACAAGGAGGCCGUCGCCCCGCCGGCUGGGCCCCAGCAGAAAUUUGACCGAGUCUCAGUGGUGUCCGACGACUCUCGGACUCGCGCCGACCCUCUGCUCCCAACAGCCCUGCAGAGCCAAUGUGAGGCUGCAGACAUCUCUUUGGAAAUGACGCCCUUCUCAGUUCCCGGUCAGGUGCCGGACUUGUAA